GAUGUAGUCUCGUGGGAUAAUUCGUAUCAUUUUGAACCUGUAAGGGGGUUUCACUAGUGAAAGAAAAUAUAUGCAUCUUUUUUGUUUUGCUUACUCACCCUCCUCGUGUAUGCAUUGAACUUUAUGGUACAUAUUAGGUGUACGUGCAUGCAUAUACUAUUCACCGGCUUGGGAAGCAUAUAGUGGAGUUUGGGGUUACCGAAGAACAAGAAGAGAAGUUCCAAGCUAUUUCCCAGUUGCCCCAACCAGAUUUGUUCGGGCCGCCAGAGAGUGAACAAGUGUUUGCGUCGAAAGCCUUUUUUUGUCCGUCGAGUGCUGAAAAAAGAAGUGGAAGUAGAGUAGAGGGAAAAGGCUUUGCGAAAGAAGAAGUUUGCAUGGAAAAGGAUUCAAUGUGAAGUAGAAGUAGUGAAAGAAAGAGCUAAGAAAGUCGCUAAGUCGGAUCUGAAAUAAUCGAAAUUUUCUGCGUUACUCAAGUUCAAUAUAUUUUUGUGUUCCGAAAAGGUCCUUGCCCCUCAAUUGAAGUUACAUUUCACAGAUUUGUAAAAUACCGGGCGGAUUCCGACGCAUAUCUUGUUAUUUUCUGCACAUCUUCUUGGAGGUGAGAUAAACUCAGUGAAAUUGUCGCCUCUUGGCCAUAGUGCGCGCGCUCGGGGACUCUUACUCGUCAUUUUUUGUUGCACAUUUAAUCCGAAAGCUCUCGAAAUAAGUUAGAAAAAAAUUACAUUUGUCUCAACGAGUACCAAAGGAUUACGAGGAUAACAAGCGGAGUUACGACCUGGACUCGUCGAGCGAGAAAAUAAAAGCCUGUACACAUAUAAUAUUUAUAAAUAUUACAAUUUUGAUUCCUCCCGGUCCGAAGGGGUGACUAUCCUGGCGAGAAGGAGUUUCACACGAAUACAGGCCUAGGGAAACAUUUACGGCGAAUUGCGGCGAAUCAAGGAUAGGACGACGUGAAGUUUAGGAAAAUCAUUGUUAAAGUGAUGCAAGGGAAAAGAAAGUAAGCUUGUAGAGAUACGAGCGAGUAAGGAAAACUCAAGGAAAAGGAAAAUCUAGCGAAAACAAGCCAUCGACUCACAGCAACCCAGUCUCACAUCCACGUUCAGAAUUUUUAUUUCGAUUUUUUCCAUGAAUUUAAAGACGCUAAGUUGCAACUCUCUAGCGGUGUGCGUGCCCCAAGAAAAUUAGUUGUGUUCAGUGCCGGUACCGUGAAAAUUAUUUCCCUUCGAAAAUUCCACCACGAAUUCCGCUCUUAAAUGAAGUUGACACGCGAAGCCUAAAUUGCUCCCUGAGUUAGUGCUUAAAGCCUAUUUUUGGUGAAAUACUCUAAUUUCCUUGAAAUUUUGUUCUUUUCCAAGGUGUGAUGAUUUUCGCCGUAAGAGUACCUUUCGUGAUUUUUCCGGUUUCGGUUUGAGUUUUUCUUUCGUUCUUUGAAAAUUGCGGCGCUUGCACACGGGAAAAAAGGACGCAAUGAUGAACAUUUAUUAACAUCGAAUGGAAUCGUUCCACAGAAUUGAUAAGGAUCAUUGCAUUGGAUGUGCAUGAAAUCCAGCAUCUGACAGAAACGAUUCAACAGAGACAGUUUUUCCAAGGGUGUGUGCACUCACGCAGAAGUAGUUUCGUUGAUUUUUUAUCGUGUGAUUACAGUACAAAUUGAGAUAGUCGAAAAUCUUUUUCUACCGGGACUUUAUGCUUUGAAAUUCGGUUUUAUUUUCAACUAAAAUACUUUAAAUGAUUUACUAGAGGAGUAACCAAUAUCUAUCUUCUCUUAUGAUAAAGAUUUUUAACUUAAACUGGAUUGCUGUGUUAUAAUUGCAAUAUUUGGUUUUAGAUAAACGCGAACGAGGUGCAAUUUGAGUUUCUUUCGAAGAAGUGAUAAAGUUCUAGAUUAUUUGAAUCGUGGACUGUCGUUACCGAAAAAUCAAACAAAAGCAAAUACAAGAUAUUUAUACUUACGUAUACUAACAAGGAAUAUAACACUAAAAUAUGUUGAAAUAUCUAACGCACAAACUACGUACACAAUCAAUUAAUGAGGAAAAUAACGUCCACGAGAAGAUCGAUGGACAUGACUCAGGGACAGAAUCUGAUGGUGAUUUAGAUGCUGAAGAGGAUUUUCAACAAGAGCGGGAAAUCGAACUAAGUAUGAGUUCAAGACACGAUACCACAUCACCGACAGACACAGCCUGUUCGUCGGAAUCACCUGCAAUGUUAGGCCAAGCCCACCUUAUGUAUGAUCAACAUAGUUCCGAAGAAGAAUUAGAAGUUAUAAAUGGAUCAGCAUCGGUGGCGGCAGCUGCCAGUAUUUUAGUUGUUCCUACGCCAACAUCUGUUGCAUCCGAAUCAUCGUCUGUAGAACCUGAAGAGGAAGUUUUUGAUGAAUCGCCUAAAAGAGCUAAUUCCACGAUAUUAGAAACAAGAAAACGAUCUCUACCACACAGUUCAGACGAUGAGGUCCGAAAUCUGCUGGAACCAGUUCCAGCACCUCCAGUUAAUUUUCGCACAUCACCGCCCUUGGAAGCCCUAAAACCAAAUCGAAGCCAUAGUUUGUUUCGUGCCACAACGCCACUAAUUCUCACAGAGACAAGUCGCGGCAUAGAAAGUAUUAGAAUUUCUUGUGAUAGCAGUAACAGCACUUUAUCAUCGUCAGCAGCCGGUUCAGCUGCAACAUCUACGACAUCAUCAUUAUCGUCAACGCUAAAUAAUCAUCAUCAACCUCACCACCUUUUACAUCAUCACCACCAUCAUCAUAACAGUAGUAACAGUAUGAGCAGUCCAUCAUCCGCCCUAUCAAUGGAUGUCCGUUCGGUUAGUCCGCCAGCGAAAUUGUUCCAUUGUGCAAUGUCACCACGCCGCCGCCCACCACGAACACAUCAUGCUCCCCAGCGACUGCAACGACCACAUCGGCCAUGUUUAGAUUUUGAUAAAAUGCAACAAAUUAACACACGUUCUGUGACAUCUUGGCAUAAUCCUGAGCACACCGGUGAGCUGUCUGUGUUUUGUUGGUGAUGAACAGCGCGCCCGUAUGGCCAAGGGCAAUUGUUAUGGCGACAUUGCAACACAAAUAAACCAGCAACAUCAGCAACAGGAUGGAUUGAGCAACAAAAAUUAAAUUUAAACAAAAUAUUUUUAGUAUCAACAAUUAGAAUAUUAUUCAUAACGGAAAGAAGAAAGCAACAGAAUUUUAUUGUAGAUGAUAAGAAUAAUACCAACAAACGAAAGAACUGUAACGAAAAACAGCAAAAGCAACAACAACAAGUGCAAAAUUACAAUUUUCUAAUUUCUACUCAAAAUUUUAGUCUGACCAAAAAAAUCCGAUUUCGCUGGAGACAUGAUUUCUUGUCAUUUGAAAGUGAAGUCAAUAUCCUAACAUCUAUUUAAAUAUAAAUAAACUGAAAAGGAAACCAAAACUAUUUAAUAGCACAUUUGAAAGGUAAUGGAAAAUUCAAAUCACAAUAGACACGAAGCAAACAUUAAAGUAAGCAAAUUGAAAUACACACAAACAGAGAAAAAAUUAGAAAUUGUAAGUGUAAGGGUAAUAAUCAUUUUAAUAAAACAACAAAACAAUAAAAUUACACACAACUCCCACAAAAUAGAAUUUACAAUACAAUAUUAAUAUAAACUAAGGGAAUGAAAUCAACCCAUAUAAUUUUCUAAAUGAGAAGAAAACAUAAAAUAUCAUCAUCCAUUUUUACAUUUUGUACUUUCUUUUUUCUUUCAACUACAAUUUAUAGUUUUAACGCCCUUUUUUAUACAUAUACGCAAAUAGAUGAAGCCGGAUGCAUGUAAACGUAUCGAAAAUGAAUGAAUCCAAAAUCACUCUAUUCAAAAACUGUCGUCAUACACAAAAGUAAAUUAAAAUUUUGAAAAAGAAUAUAAACAACAAUAAAGUCCCUCUUAUAUAUAAAACCAUCAACAGCAAGAAAAUGCAACUAACCAUACAAAAGAAAAAACCUAGACACAAGAAAAACAUGCGAGCAUUGUAAUAUGCAACAAUUAUAAAUAUGAAAUACAAACAAACAAAAAGAUGAAGAAUAAUUAAAAAUUAAAAUAAUACUUUUAAUCAUAAAUUUAGGCAAUAUAAGAAAUAAUGAAGAAAAAAAUGAAAAAAUCGAAAAAAUAAACUACACAACACACAAAAUAAACUUACUUUAAUAACGAUAACAAUUUAUUGAGAAGAAGAAAAAAGAAACAAAUUAUGAAUGAGAGCGAAAAUGAAGAAUGAAAUUGAAAUUAUGGCAAAUAUGGAAAUGGAAGAGAAAGAAUUAAAAUAAACAAAAGUAAGAAAUAUUGAAAGAGAAGAAAAACUCCAUUUUAUAACCUCAAAAAUCUCUGUGAAGAUCUUUAAUUACAAGAAAAAAACAUACAAAAAAUGAAAAUACAACAAAAAAACAAUGAAUAAAAAUUAUUUAAAAAAAUA